AUGACUUCUGUGCCAACUGACAUGGCAUUGCAUACCACAUGCAUUGCCGGUGACUUUGUGCACCAGCUGUUUGCUUGCCAUGUUGGUGUCCGGUUGGAGUCGGUUUUGCCUCCGCUAGCACUGGAUGUGCCAACCAUGCUUGCAUGUCGGCAGUUGGCCCGAGCUCUCGCUGAUGCCUAUUUACAUCCAAUUGAACUUAAUCUUGAUAUGAUUCAGUACAAUGAGGCCCUCAACAAGCGCUCUACCGGGCGGCUCACAAAACAUGAAGAGGCGCUCCUCCAAAAAUUUCCUCAUGGCCAUAUCAUCUUAUGGUACCUUCCAGACGCGAUUAGCCUGUGGAUUCAGGCCGAGAUGGAAGAGGCCACCGUUGGUAUGGGUCAUCUCCUGAAGACCAGCAUGACCGGGGGAGAAGAGACCCAGUGGCGAACAUUUCCUGGGUAUUUUCAUCAUAGCAAUCGGGGGCCACUAAUUCCUGGAUGCAUCAACAUGGCUCCUUGUUGGUUCCAGCAAGGCCGAGAGCCAUACGGGUUUCCGCCGACCAGUGUAUUUGCUCCUGAGGUGUCGGCUACACUCAAGGGGGAAUGUGGCCCUACUGUCAUAACAUCCAUGCAGCGCUCGGCACUCCUUGCCUCGGCAGCUCUUCGAGUGAUGCAUCCAGAGCUGUAUUGGGCCUCGGUUAACACUCAGAUAAAACUCGCUGAAUGGGCGAUGGACAAUGGCCUUCAUGACAUAUAUACUCGUUUGCAACUUUGGGCCUCGGUGUUUAACUGCGCAGCCGUCAUUUGUAACAGGCAAUGCCCUCUUCACCGAGAUCCAAGAUCCGCCCCAGAAGGUUGCAAUAUAACUCCAGGUGCCAUCGUUGCCUGCUCUGGACACAUUGUCAGGCACGGCGUCACAUUCACCGGUGAUCGCGUGGUAUGGACAUGGUUCAUGCGUGAUAGUCUUCACAAUUUUGUUGGGACACCUCGGCCACAGUAUGCGAAAUACAAGGAUGUAGAUAGUCAUGUCUCGGUUUCAGCCUCUAUGGACAGGUAA